GGAUAGAGAGGCUGUUUCCAAAUAGACCCCCAGCAUCCUUCCUCCAAGAACUUCCCACCUUGCUCUUGGGGAGACUCGAACUCACAACCUCUCAGUUGGAAGUGGAGGUUGCUUACCAUCAGAGCAACCCCUCUUGUCUAACUCUGGGACUUACAGAUUUUUCGAAAUGCAAAAUCCAAGAUGCCACUUCCUAAUUCUUUUGAUUCAACUUGUCUCCAUCAUUAGCUUUUUCCAAUACAUAAUGCCUAUAAGUGGUGAAGAUGGAACUAAUGCUGUAAAGCAGGUGGAUGUAGGCAUAAUUCUUGAUAUGGAAACAACUGUAGCAAAAGUAAUGCACACAUGUAUCUUGCUAGCUCUUGAAGAUUACCAUGCCGCUAAUCGCAGUGCCAUUAGGAUAGUCCCUUACUUCAGGGAUUCCAAGAAAGAUGAUGUUGAAGCAGCAUCAGCUGCCAUAUACUUGCUAAAGGAUAUCCAAGUACAUGCUAUCUUUGGGCCACAAAUGUCUACACAAACUGAUUUUGUGAUUGACCUAGGGAACAGAGUAAAGGUUCCUAUUAUUUCUCCAGCAACAAGUCCUUCACUUUCAGUCAAGGAAAAUCCCUACUUCAUCAGAGCAGCACUUCCUUCUUCCAGCCAGACUAAAGCCAUAGCAGCAAUUGUUAAAAACUAUGAUUGGAGGGAGAUUGUAAUCAUCUAUGAGGAUAGCCCCUAUGGAACCGGGAUAGUUCCAUAUUUGACUGAUGCCUUACUGGAAACCAGCACUUUAGUCUCCUAUAGAAGUGUUAUUUCUCCUUCAGCCAAUGAUGAUCAAAUCCUCAGGGAGCUACACAAAAUGAAUACAAUGCAGACCAGGGUCUUCGUCGUGCACUUGUUACCAUCCCUUGCCUCACGCCUUUUCCUCAAGGCCAAAGAAGCCGGGAUGAUGAGGAAGGGAUAUGCGUGGAUCAUCACAGAUGUGCUAACAAGUGUUCUGGACUCGGUAGAUCCUUCAGUGAUUGAGUCAUCAAUGCAAGGUGUUCUUGGUGUAAAGCCUUACUUUCCAAGAUCACAUGAGCUUAACAAUUUCACCAAGAGAUGGAGAGAGAGAUUUCGUCAAGAGUAUCCAAACAUGGACCAAGUUGAACUCAAUGUUUACGGGCUAUGGGCAUAUGAUAGCAUUACCGUCUUAGCAAAAGCAGUACAAAAUGUGGGCGCAACUGCCAUCCCAGAAGUCAAGAAACCAGACGCUAAAGAGAACUUAUCGGACUUAGAUGCACUUGGUACCUCAGAAUUGGGAUCUUUGCUCAUUGACACUCUGCAAAACACAUCCCUAAAAAGAGGACUAAGUGGUGAUUUCCGUAUCAUUGAUGGAGAAUUGCAGCCAUCCCCAUAUCAGAUUGUGAACAUAAUUGGGAAAGGAGAGAGAAGCAUUGGAUUCUGGACAGAGAGUGAUGGAAUUUCAUAUAAACUGACUAUGAAUGGGAAAACAGCUAAGAGUAAUAAUAAGCAACUAGGUACCAUCAUUUGGCCGGGUGAAUCGACUAUUGUUCCGAGAGGCUGGGAGAUGCCCACAAGUGGGAAGAAGUUAAGGGUUGGAGUUCCUGUCAAAGGAGGCUUGGAGCAAUUCAUCAAAGUGGAAAUAGAUUCAAAAACACAAGCAGUAACUGCAACUGGUUUCUGUGCAGAUGUCUUCAAAGAAGUCAUCCAAUCUUUGCCAUUUGCUGUCCCUUACGAACUUAUUCCAUUUCGAAUACCAGAUACCCUAACUCUUCCAGACUAUGAUGAUCUUAUUUACAAGAUCUCUUCCAAGGAAUAUGAUGCAGUUAUAGGUGAUGUCACCAUUUUAGCGAACCGAUCCAAGUAUGUGGAUUUCACAUUACCUUUCACGGAGUCGGGUAUUUCUGCAGUAGUGCCAGUAAGGGAUGAUGAGAGGAAGAAUGCUUGGAUUUUCUUGAAACCUCUAAAGACCGAACUUUGGAUAACAACUGGAGCAUUCUUCGUCUUCAUUGGUUUUGUGAUUUGGGUACUCGAGCAUCGUGUAAACAAAGAGUUUCGAGGACCCAAACACAAACAAGUUGGGAUGAUAUUCUGGUUUUCCUUCUCAACUCUUGUUUUUGCACACAGAGAGAGGGUAACAAGCAACUUAACAAGAUUCGUGAUUAUUGUGUGGGUUUUUGUGGUGCUGGUGCUGACAUCAAGUUAUACAGCCAACUUAACAUCUAUGUUAACAGUGCAACAGCUCCAACCUACUAUAACAAACCUUAAUGAUCUCAUAACAAAUGGAGAAUAUGUUGGGUACCAAGAAGGUUCCUUUGUCAAAGAUGUCUUGAAGCGCAUGAAUUUUGAUAGCUCCAAGUUUAAGAGUUAUAGUACUUUGGAAGAGUACAAUGAUGCCCUCUCAAGAGGAAGUAAAAAUGGAGGAGUUGGUGCAAUUGUUGAUGAACUACCUUAUCUGAGACUUUUCCUCAACAAGUACUGCAGGAAGUACAUUAUGGUCGGUCCAACUUACAAGGCUGCCGGCUUUGGAUUCGCAUUUCCAAAAGGAUCUCCAUUGGUACCUGACGUCUCGAGAGGAGUCCUAAAGGUGAUGGAGGGAGAGUUUAUGAAUAACAUAAUACAGAAAUGGUUUGGGAAUGAAACAGAUUGCCCAGAGAAAGAUGGAAUGGCUAUAACAUCGGACAGCCUCACGCUAGAUAGUUUUAAGGGCCUUUUCCUCAUAGCUGGUGUAUCAGCUGGUUCCGCUCUUCUCAUAUUCUUCCUCAUCUUCCUUUAUCAGAAUAAAGAAAUCUUAGACACUGAUGAUUCAAUAUGGCAAAAGCUUUCUACAAUAGCUAAAGUCUUUGAUGAAGAGAAAGAUAACUCUAAUUCUAAGUCAGAAACGCCAGAAGGCAAUGAGAGCCAAACGGCUACACCUUUUGCAGCAAGUGCAGCUUCCCCUGAUAUAUUGCUCCAUCUUGGUUCGCAAAGCCCAGAAAUCAGAAUUUCCGACAGCCUAGGAGCAUCCCAUGCAGAAGAAGGGUUUUCUACACCAGAACCUGGAACUCCAGUUCAUGAAACCCUUACAGGGACAAAUGAAGAGAGAUGAUACAUAUAGCUGCUACUACAAUAAUGAACACAACUGAAUAGGGCCCUACAAGAGAUUGUACAGAGAUGACCUAGCUUUAGGGUAGUUAAACCAUAUUACAUUAUAACCUUUUCCCUCUUGGCCAUAAUAUUUGUAUCAAGAGGCAGCUCCAGAAUUUAGAUAUGAUAGGUUCAUCAUUUAAGUUCUUACUAUUGAAUUCAUUGCACUUUUGUAAUAAUAGAUUCCUAAUUAAAUAUUUGUUGUAAUUAUAAUACUUUUCCACUUAUAUUUAUGUUCUGUGUCGAAA